AUGAAGUUUUCCGCUAUUGCUGUCAUUACUGCCGCUGUGGCUGGCGUUGGCGCCAUGCCUGUUGAGCCUGGUCCUCUAGGCCACCUUCAGAACCGCGCAGCCGACGCCAUCGGCGGCGUCGUCUCUUUCAUCCGCCGCGAGGAGGUCGGCAGCCCUGUCGUCCCUCACCAGCUGAAGCGUGCGUCUCCCGUCCGCUUCCACAACGCCCGCGACGUCGAUCACAUUGAGAAACGCAAAGACGGCGACGGCAAGGGUGGCAACAACGACGUUCCCCCCCUGGCCCCGUUCAGCACCAAGAAGCACGGUCGUGACAUUGAGAUACGCGACGACCAGGCCUCGCCGAGCGUGGAGAAGAGGGACGCAGUCCCGGAUCUGACAAAGAGGAAGAAGCCGCAAGAGAGCGUGCCGCCUCUGGCGCCGUUCUCUACCGGCGCCGGUUCCGAUGAGGACGAUGAGUGA